GAAGAAGCGAACAAGGCCUUGAGCCUACGGUGGAGACAAAACCUUUUAAUGCAAAUUCGUCCUGGGAGUGACAUAUCAUGGAUUAUUCCCUGUAGCUGUUGAACAAAAUUAAUUAGCAUUACCGGACAUCCCAGCGAAAGGGACUUGAAACGAAUAGUAUUACCGGACAUCCCUCACUCCUCCCUCUUCUUAUCCUAUACUCUUCAUCACCCAUGUUCACGGCACCAACCACGAAGAAUUUUUUUUUCCCCAUUUCGCCAUCCUAAAUGAUGCGGCCAGGUCUACCCUUUCUUAACCUCUACCCUUUUAUCUACAAGUACUGAGUUUGACCAUGUCACAAGCAUACUGUUGAAAUAGUGAAGAGCAUGAUGUACUAGCAAUGUAGCAACCUUUUGUUAGCAUCACUCAUCAGCUUCCUAGUCCUCUGCUACAACAGCUAUCUAACGCUAUUCUGCUGCCAAAAUGAAGAAUGACAAACUGGCCUUGCCAGAGUCCAUCACUACUUUUGCGGGCAGAACGACACAAUUUGGAGCAGAAUGUUGGUUUGAUGAUGCUUGCAUUCUUGAUAUGGAUUACUUUGUUAAGACUGUAUCCGGAAUUAAAGCCAAGGGAGUACGGCCUGAAUUGAUUGGUUCAAUCAUCGCCCAUUAUUCAUCCAAGUGGCUUCCUGACUUGUCAGGUUCAGGGGAUGAGGUAGAAAAAAGCCUGAUAAAUCUUGAAGAAUCCCCUGAUAGCGUCACAUCUUCUUGGAUGAAGAAGAGGUUUUUCGUCGAAACCCUGGUCGGAAUCCUCCCCCCUGAGAAGGAUUCUGUCCCCUGUACCUUCCUUCUGAGGCUGCUCCGGACCGCCUGCAUGGUUGGUGUUGAGCCCACUUACAGGGUCGAGUUAGAGAAGAGAAUUUCUUGGCAGCUUGACCAGGCUUCGCUCAAGGAUUUCAUGAUACCGUCUUUUAGUCAUACUUCUGGGACAUUGCUUGACGUUGAACUGGCUCUUAGACUGGUCAAAAGGUUCUUGAAUUUGGAUGAAACUUUCAGAAGUGGAGCUGCAUUGAUGAAGGUGGCUAAGCUUGUGGACUCUUACCUUGCUGAAGCUGCGGUGGACUCCAAUUUGGCGUUGUCUGAUUUCAUUGCUCUUGCUGGAGCACUCCCUGCUCAUGCUCGUUCUAUUGAUGAUGGCUUAUACAGAGCCAUUGACACCUAUCUCAAAGCACAUCGGGGAGUAUCAAAGCAAGAAAGGAAGAAUCUUUGCCGAUUAAUCGACAGCAGAAAACUGUCAGCAGAGGCCUCGUUGCAUGCUGCCCAAAACGAGCGUUUGCCGGUGCGGGCAGUAAUUCAAGUGUUAUUCUCAGAGCAAGCAAAGCUCAACAAGCAGAUCGACUGGAGUGGAUCCUUCAGCGGCACCCGUAGCCCGAACAUGGGGCUAGAUCUCCCUGCCAGGUGCAUGUCAAAGCGAGAAAUGAAUGCUCAGCAGUUGGAGAUCAAGAAGCUCAAAGAAGAUGUUUUAAGGCUUCAAAGCCAAUGCAUGAACAUGCAAGGACAAAUUGAGAGAUUAUUGGAGAAAAAGAAGGGACUUUUCAGUUGGAAGAAGAUUGUAAUGCCUUCGUUUAGAGCCAACAAGUUAACUAACGUUGAAGGAGAAGGUGAUUUUGGAAGACAAACUCCUGUUGAUGUCAAGACUAGGCUUGUCCAAGGCAAAAAACCACCCAAAUGGAGGAAUUCUAUGUCUUGAGAUUGACGUUGAAAAUGGAUUCUAAAAUGUUGGAUUUCUCAAUAAUGCUUUGUAAUUGUAUAACAAUAUGUUUAGUUUUUCAAGUAUCAUUCGGUAACUUAAAAUGUUCACUUCUGGAGAAUAAUACCCUGAUUUUCCUAA